AUGACUAUCGCAGCUGUUAUUAGUCGUCAAGGUGGGGGCCUUAAAUAUGGGCUCAAAUGCUCCAGGGUCGACUCGGUUAUUCGAUCUCGUUUAUCUUGCUUAUCUUUUGUUUCUAAUAAUUCACUAGUUUCUUUUUAUUCUACUUCUUCUGCUUCGACCUCUGGUUUUACUUCAACUUCUCCUUCGACUUCUGUUAUUGCUAGUUCUAAUACUGCUACUACUUCAGCUCUGUUUUCUGCUUCGUCUCGUUCGACUCGUUCAUAUCGCGCUCGAAAUAUCGCCAACAGCCGCAACUUCACAACUACAACUUCCCCUAAGAUGCCAUUGACUCUUGACAAGCUAAAUGCCCAUGUGGUAGACGCAAAAUACGCUGUUCGAGGCCGACUGGCUUUGCGAGCCGAGGAGCUCCGCAACCAACUCAAGACCAACCCCAAAUCUCUACCAUUUACUGAGGUCAUCAACGCCAAUAUUGGUAAUCCCCAACAGCUGGACCAGCAGCCAUUAACCUUUUUCAGACAGGUUUUGGCUCUUGUACAGUAUCCCCAACUGAUCAAACAUGAAUCAUGUGCCAAACUAUUUCCUCGCGAUGUCAUUGAAAGAGCCAUGGUGCUGCUCAAGGAAAUCGGCAGUGUGGGUUCGUAUUCACAUUCCAAGGGUGUUCCCUAUAUCCGUAAGAGCAUUGCUGAAUCUAUCGAACGGAGAGACGGGUUCCCUGCUGACCCCGAGAGUAUUUAUUUGACUACUGGUGCAUCUGCAGGUGUAGAGCGAUUACUGCAUAUUCUUUCUCACAGCGAGAAUUCUGCUUUUCUGAUUCCUAUUCCUCAAUACCCUCUGUAUUCUGCUACUUUGACUCUUGUCAACUCCAAUGCUGUACAAUACUAUCUGGAUGAGUCAAAAGAUUGGGGUACUGAUGCUAAUAAAAUGAGAGAUAUCAUUGAAGAGGCCAAGAGAGAGGGCCUUGAUCUGAAGGCCAUGGUCGUCAUUAAUCCUGGUAAUCCUACCGGUAGUGUUCUGACCGAGCAAAAUAUUGAGGAGAUCAUUGAUAUCGCUGCUAAAGACCAUAUUGUCAUUAUUGCUGAUGAGGUGUACCAAACCAAUGUGUAUAAAGGCGAGUUCAUCUCGUUCAAGAAGGUGCUUCGUAAGAUGCAACAAAAAGACCCUCAAAAGUAUAACCAUGUCGAGCUUGCCUCUUUACACUCUACUUCUAAAGGUAUGGUUGGUGAGUGUGGUCAACGUGGAGGAUAUAUGGAGUUGGUAGGAUUCCAUCCUGAUGUUGAAGAGACUAUUUAUAAAUUAGCUUCCAUCAGUUUAUGUCCACCAGUCACUGGUCAAGUUCUUACUGAGCUCAUGGUGAACCCACCUCGAGCUGGUGACCCUAGUUAUGAAGAGUACUCACAAGAGUUUAACUCCAUCUACAACACCCUUAAAGACCGAUCCACUGCACUCUACGAAGCAUUCAAACAAAUGGAGGGCGUCACUUGUAACCCACCCGAAGGCGCCAUGUACCUCUUCCCUCGCAUCACCAUUCCCGAUAAGGCCAUUGAAGCCGCCAACAAAGCUGGUUACUCCAUGGCUGACGAAUACUAUUGUACAUUAUUGCUUGAAAAGACCGGUAUUUGUGUCAUUCCCGGCUCCGGAUUCGGCCAAGAACCCGGCACCUGGCACUUCCGAACCACCUUCCUCGCUCCCGGCACCGAAUAUGCCAACCGCUUCGUGCAAUUCCACAAGUGGUUCAUGGACGAGUACCGUUAA